AAUAUGCAGUCGAUCUGCUCUACGCUUUUGCGAACUGCUCUGGUUUGGACCUCAUCUUCGGUUUGAAUGCUUUGCUCCGAACCAGUGAAAACACAUGGAACAGCACAAACGCAGAAUUGCUGUUGAAGUACUGUGAGUCCAGGCAGUAUGUGAUGUCCUGGGAACUGGGGAAUGAACCCAACAGUUAUGAGAAAAAAGCUGGAAUCAGAGUGGAUGGGUACCAGCUCGGUCAGGAUUUUGUCCAUUUGCAUCAAAUCCUUCAGCAAUCUGCGGUCUAUCACUCAACAGGACUAUAUGGACCAGAUGUCAGUCAGCCACGAGAUCACCGCAAAGAUUUGUUAACUGGGUUUUUGGAGACUGGAGCAAAGGCCAUUACUGCAUGCACCUGGCAUCACUAUUAUGUGAAUGGCCGAGACACGUCUUUACAUGAUUUCCUUGACCCUGAAGUGCUUGAUACUCUC